AUGUUUUCUUCCUCCCAGUGGCGAUGGAUUGCCAUUGCGCUUCAAGUGAUGCCUUUUGGGGCAACAUAUGCCGAAAUCUUCAACCCGACGUGUGCCUCACUUCCGACUCCUGAUGUGCCAGGAGCGCAAGUUCUCUCGACUGCGUCAAGGAAGCUUCUUGUGUCCAACGUGACAAUCUGUGAAGUCAACGUCACGUUGACUCACCACAGCGAAGAAGACAACGUUCUCAUUCAAGUGUGGCUACCGCAAACCGGCUGGAAUGGCCGGUUUCAGGCGACUGGGGGUGGAGGAUAUGCCACCGGGCAAAAUCGAACUUACUUAGAGCCUGCCGUGGCCCUCGGCUAUGCUGCAGCCCAAACGGAUGGGGGACAUGUCGAGAAUACACGCUCCCCGGCAAGCUGGGCCUUGAAUGACCAGGGCCAGGUCGACUCGACACUCCUACUGAACUUUGCUUCGCGCUCGCUACACGACAUGGCCGUUGUUGGUAAGGCAGUGACUCGGUCCUUCUACGGGAAGGCGCCGCGGUAUUCAUAUUGGAAUGGCUGCUCCACUGGCGGAAGACAGGGAUACAUCGAGGCGCAGAGAUACCCCGAGGACUUUGACGGCAUUUUGGCCAACGCUCCGGCGAUCAACUGGCCCCGGUUCAUUCCUGCAGAGCAAUGGGGUCAGUUUGUGAUGAAUCAGGAAGAGACCUUCCCAACACUCUGUAUUUUUGAGGUGUUUGGGAACGCCAGCAUUGCUGCUUGUGAUGAGCUCGAUGGUGUCAUGGACGGGAUUAUCAGCGACCCAGAUGCAUGCACGUUUGACCCUUACAGUCUUGUUGGUACGGUCGUUACGUGCGACGGUGUCCAAAGCACUAUCACGCAAAAGAUGGCUCGAGUUGUGCAGAAAAUCCAUCAGGGGCCUCGCACCACCGACGGUAAAUUCCUUUGGUACGGACUUAACUAUGGAACUCCUUAUUCCGGUCUCGAUUCCACGGCCGUGGUGGAUGGAACCAGCGUUGGUGUUCCAUUUGAGAUUUCAGACACGUGGAUCCGGUAUUUCAUUAAACGAAACCCCCAAUACGACACUUCAAAAAUGUCAUAUGCGGAAUAUGAGGCGAUAUUCUACAAGUCCAUUGCGAUGUACGAGUUAAUUAUCGGAACAGACGAUCCCGAUCUCUCUGCCUUCAGAGAUAGAGGAGGAAAACUGCUUACCUGGCACGGACUGGCGGACGAACUGAUCUUUCCCAAUGGGACAAUUCACUACCGGGAACGAGUGGAAGAGGUGAUGGGAGGUUCCUCGACAGUCGACGAUUUCUACCGUCUGUUCCUUGCCCCCGGAGUUGAACAUUGCGGAGGUGGAGUUGGACCCGUUCCUGUCGACCCCUUGGGUGCGCUCGUGGCUUGGGUGGAGGAUGGUCAGGCCCCUCGGACGAUUUUGGCCCAAAGCAUGAGAGACGAUGGCACGACCAUGUCACGGAAUCUCUGUCCUUACCCGCUUGUGUCGAAAUACAACGGCCACGGCGACCCGGACCAGGCGGAAAGCUACACCUGCGCCAGCGUCUUUUAG